AUGGGUGAAUAUUACGGAAACCCACCGCCUUACAGCACAAAUCCGCCACCUUCAGAUCAGGCUUAUUAUUCACCGGGACCCGGCGGUGGAGGGUACGCCGCUGACUACCCGAACGCGUACAGUGCUCCUCCUCCUCAGGCAGCCGCAAAUGCUCCACCGAUUUCACCACAGCCUUCCACUCAGCCUCAGAGAAACUCUGGAGUGCCACAGCCACAACCAAACAGGAGUAGGAUGCAAAAGAAGAAAAAGCAACAGCAGCAACAACAACAACUUCUUCAACAACAGCAGCAGCAACAGCAGGCCAGGCCGAAAAUGCAACGACAACCCAGUGCACCAUCGGAAAUUAGUCUGUGCACAAAAUAUUCACUGUUCUUCGCAAAUUUUAUAUUUUGGGUGAGUAUUUUUGUUUCUUAA